AUUGCAUGAACUCAACUGCAUAUUUCGGAUGCAGUCGCAAAGUAUUCACUCUACCUCCACGGUGCUGUAUAUCGACCGCGGCAUUCAAUGUCGAUUCCAAGGCCUUUUCAAAGACCUUGAACUUACCGAAGACUAACUUUCCUCUAUGGCCCGACCGUGAAAGGAGCGAAGUUUCUCUGCGUCCAAGGAUUUGCGAGGAUCUGUAUAGGGCACAAGCACGUAGAAGGGGUGGACGCGAAUUUGUCUUGCAUGACGGUCCUCCGUAUGCUAAUGGCAAUCUGCAUGUCGGACAUUCCAUGAAUAAAAUACUCAAGGACAUUAUCAACCGAUUUCAUGUCAUUUCUGGAGACCGAGUACAAUACGUUCCUGGAUGGGAUUGUCACGGUCUUCCUAUCGAAAACAAGGCAUUAAAGGACCUCGGAACGGAUUCAAGGUCGCUUACACCAUCCGACAUUCGUUUGGCUGCCCGGAAAACUACCCUGCGCGAGAUUGAGAUACAGAAGGAGGAAUUUCAGCAGUUCGGGAUAAUGGCUGACUGGAGUAAAGAAACUACAUACCGCACUUUGGAUCACAAAUACGAAAUGCGGCAGCUAGGAAUAUUUCAAAAGAUGGUGGAGAACGGUUUAAUUUACAGGCACUAUCGACCAGUUCAUUUCUCUCCCUCUUCUCGGUCUGCAUUAGCGGAAGCAGAGUUGGUAUACAAGGAUGAUCACAUCUCACACUCGGUCUAUGUCACGUUUAAUCUGGAUGUAGCACAGUCAGGCGAAAGAUAUGCAAAAUUUGGUCGUGAUAUCAAGCUCUUGGUCUGGACCACGACUCCCUGGACACUAACGGCCAAUAUGGGAAUUGCGGUGAAUCCGGAAUUGGCUUAUACUUUUGUCGAGCGCGAGGAUGACAGCGGAGGUCCUCUUUACCUGAUCGCUACCGGACGGCUAGGUGACACUCCUACGGAGCCCGUCUUCUCUGCUCUAGGGAAUAUUCGCUAUGUCGACAGCAUCCAAGGGUCUGACCUCGUUGGCGCAUACUACAAGCCGAUCUUCUCUCAUGGAGGCUCUAAGAGAAUUGUCAGAGCUUCGCACGUCACAUCCGAAUCUGGUACUGGCCUAGUGCACUGCGCUCCUGCUCAUGGUGUGGAAGACUACAACACCUUCCGGGAUCAAGGUCUACUAUCUGGUACCGAAUCGAUGCUAUGCCAUGUUGGUUCUGAGGGAGAAUUCAAGGCGGACGUUGCCGAUGUCGUCGGUGAAGCGGCUGCUCAAACUCUGGUCGGAAAGCCAGUACUCGAAGACGGAUCGCGUGCGGUGGUAGCUUUACUGAAGGAAACCAAUAGCUUGGUAAAAAUCGAGCGGUUCAAACACAAGUAUCCUUAUGACUGGAGAACGGACAAACCUAUUAUCGUCACUGCGACUUCUCAGUGGUUCGCCAAUUUAGACAAGAUCAAAGACGAUGCCCUGAAUGCCCUUGAACACGUAGAAAUGUUCCCCUCUUCGUCUCGUCUACAAUCCUUUAUUCGCUCACGUUCAGAAUGGUGCAUAUCCCGCCAACGGGUGUGGGGCGUACCCAUACCCGCCUUGUAUCAUAUUCCUACGGACCGCGCAGUCCUGGACGCGGAAUCACUUUCCCAUAUCCUCCCCAUCCUCCAAGAGAAGGGCAUCGAAUACUGGUGGAACGGACCUGUCGAGGAAUUCAUCCCUCCUACCCUGCGGCAGACAGAAGGAGUGGAUGGGUGGCGCAAGGGAACUGAUACGAUGGACGUGUGGUUCGAUAGCGGGUCUUCGUGGUCUAUGUUGGAGCAGCGUGAAGAUGGACUCCGGCAGAAGUACCGGGCUGAUGUUUGUGUUGAGGGCUCCGACCAGCACCGGGGGUGGUUCCAGAGUCAGCUACUUACUGCGGUGGGGUCCGGCUCGUCCUCUAUUCCGUACAAGGCUCUCGUCACACAUGGGAUGGUCUUGGACCAUAAAGGGAAAAAGAUGAGCAAGUCGCUGGGUAAUGUCAUCAGUCCUAUAACGGUAGUUGCUGGUGGUAAGGAUAAAAAGAAAGAACCUGCAUAUGGCGCCGAUCUUCUAAGGCUGUGGAUUGCUUCAGUGGAGUAUUGGAACGAUGUGCCUCUCGGAACAAAUAUUCUGAAGCAGACUGCAGAGUCACUGAGAAAGAUCAGGAACACAGCGCGUUUCUUGCUUGGGAAUAUUGGAGAUAUAUAUGAGCAGGACAACGAGGAUGCAUGGGAAGAUGUCAAGGAGCAUAUGGAUUUGGCCGACCGGUACAUGAUCAAUGGACUGCAAAAAUGCGAAGCAGAAUGCGCAACGGCUUAUGCUGCUUAUAAUUUCCCCAAAGUUGUGAAGACACUCCAAAACCUGUGCAACAUAACUCUGUCCUCCUUCUACUUCGACAUAAACAAAGAUAAUCUCUACGCGAAUCCUUUGAACGGGUACGAACGACGUGCUACUGUUUUCGUGUUGAAAGAAAUACUAGCAACUAUUGUCCGUAUCAUGGCCCCGAUUCUGCCCCACUUGGCUCAAGAAAUACAUGAUUCGAUGUACUACAAGAGCAAAGGAUUGGUUUUCUUGGAACAGCCGUGGAAUUGGCGAGAAGGUGGCUUCGCAAUCAAAGGCUUCACGGAGGACGAUGUGAAAGCGGUGAACAAGGACUCGGACAAUAUGAUCAUGCUUAUGCAGGAAGUGCGCCCUGUUGUUACGUCCCUACUGGAACAGGCUCGAGAGCAAAAGCAAAUCAGAAGUUCUUUGGAAGCUGAAGUAGAUGUUAUUCUCCCAGAACUGCCUGAUGCGGUCUCGGAUGCGCAAGAAGAAACUACAUUACUCGAGGACAACAGGAAAACAGGACUUGCUCAAAUUUUCCGAGAUCAUGAGGAUUUCAUGGCGAAGCAUUUCAUCGUGUCCAGAGUCACAGUAAUGGACGAAGGGUCGCUCGGGACUGCGUCGCCGGAAUGGAUCUAUGUUCGUAGUUUGAGCAUACUGGGAGAAGGUUCCUCGAAGCCUGCAUCUGCCCUCGGAACCGAGGACUCCUAUGAUGUCGCCAUCCGAGUUCGUCCUGCUACGAGGGAGAAGUGUCCUCGGUGUUGGACCUUCACAAAGGAGGCUGAGGAUGUAUUAUGCCAGAGAUGUGCAGAUGUCACACAGGAUAUGGAUUAGUAGAUCUACAUUAAAGCUGAAGGGACCUUAUUUGUACGAUAGAAGCUUAGAUAGUACCCAAAA